CCAAAUCAAACUUUUCUAACUAAUCUAUCCUUCUUAUCCCAUCGUAGAGUGUGAUCUGGUCAGAUCUCAUUGGAAAGGAAACCAAAUUGUGAUUGAUCAACACUGACUUCAUGUUAAUAUGUAAGAAAUGAUUUUCGUGGAAGAUUAUGAAAAAUACACAGAUAAUAAAGAUGAUUCUCAUUGGAUGCCUUUUAAACAAUACAUAGAAAGGAAUGAAACAGCUGCUUUUAGUUGGACAGAAAACGAUAUCCAAAAGCUGAUUAACAAAGCAUUCCCUGGUGACGUUUUAAAGGCUAAUGAAUGUAUCACUAGGUCUCAGAUCACAAAACAGGAAAAAUGUUGUCCAGAUUCACUUAAAAAUAUUAGUGACACUAUAGAGAAAACAAGCAACAAUUAUGACUUAACAGGCAACAAAGCUAUGACGAAUAGACUUUUUCAAAUGAAAUCAUCCAAAGAAUAUUGGGAGCAACUAUCCAUAAGUGCAUAUAAAAAGAAACCUGUUACAAAAAAAGCAAUUCAAUGGAAACAGAAUUAUUUGAAUGUUCUUCCUUUGCAUAAUAAUUCAGAUGAAAGAAAUGUUAUUUACACAGACAUUAGUAGUGCUAUACAAUGUUCAAACUCUUUGAAUUCUGAUGACUCAGACAGUGAACACACUGAAGAAAUGAUUAAGAUAUGUGAUCCAAUAUACAGUAGAUUUGGCGAGAUACGUGAUGUAUUCCAUACCUCAGAAGAUGGGAUAGUCUUUUACACGCAAAAAGAGUUGGAUAAAUACAAAGUUAAAAUGGCUGGUCUAAAGGAGGUGUUACAUAGUGAACUGGAAAUCAUAAGACACCAGCAUGACUAUCUGAAGGCCAAAAGAGCAGAAGAAAGGAAAUUGUUAUCUGAAAGAAUGAGUAGUCAAGASGUUCAAGAUGAAGAACCUACAGAAAAAGAUGCAUUAAACUCAGACAACAAUAAAAACAACUCCACCAAACAAGAAAGGAAAUCUGCUUUGUUUUCUUCUUUCACUGAUGCUUUCAGUUAUGCAAGAACAGGAAUCCAGGGUAUAUUUGUAAAAAAUUCACCAAGUGGAAGUCGUAAAAUGAGGGCCAAUAAUGAGGACUGUGACUCUAGUGACGAUGAAGAAGGAAAAUUAAGUGCAACAUUAUUGUCUAAAAAUCCUGAUGCUUUGCCAGAUAAUCAUGAUGAAUUUACAAGGAAAAUGACAACUGAGGGAGGAUUAAAGUAUACAAGUUCAGACAAAUCAGAUCAACAGCUAUCUUAUCAGAAUCUUCCUCCACCAUUAUCUCUUAGCUCUUUACCAAAUAAAGCCAAAACCUGAUGAAGAUUUACCUUAUCGCCCUUGAAUGUACUGUAUGUUCAUGGCUAAAGAAUUAUGAAAUUUUGACCAUUUGUUUUUAACAUUAAUAUUAGACAUAUGAACAAUUGUGUUUCUUGUCUGCAUACAAUUUUUUAAGUGAUAUCUAUUUUCUGUGGUUUACCUUUCAAGUUGAUUUAGAAUAUAAAGUAUUCUUUGUUUAUAGUAUAGCUAAGCACAUGUUUAUGAGGGAGGGGAGUGACAGCAGAAAGAAAAGAUUAGUAGAGGAAACAAAGAAAGAUUAGGAGAGAGGACUGUGUUCAUAAUACAGUUAUGCAUCCAUAAAAAGUAGCUUCUCGUAUUGUAUAUUCACUGUGACCUCUAUAAAAGAAUCAAUGUCUAUUGAGCAGUUCAGCUGUAUUAUUAGAAGAGAUUAUCAUAAUAUAAAAUGUAUUAUCAUCUGAAGGAAAUUAUUCAAUCUGUUCAUGGAAAAAAGUUAUUUUUAGAAAAAAGCAUUUUGUGAUUUGAAUAUCAAAUUAUCACAUGAAACUCUAUUCUAGAAAGUUAAAUAAGUUUAUAAUUAGAUCAAAUAAUUAUAUCAAGUGGUUGUUGUCAAAUUUUGAUAAUUGGUAUAAAUGGAUUGGAGUAUUGGGUAAGAAUUAAGUGGAUUCAGCUUAGAAUAACAAGAUGUUAGACACAAUCAUAAAUAAAUUAUUUAUUUAUAAAAUAUAUCCUGCAACAAUGUUAAAAAGCAGGACCAAAUAUCAGAUGAAAUAUGAUUAAAUUUUAAUUAUGAUUAUAAAAGUCUUAGGGUGUUUUAUUAAGACAGCUAUUUUAACUUAUUGAUUCAUGCAUUACUUCAGGUGGAUGUACUCAGCUGUAUAAGAAUCAUGAAUGUAUAACUCAUUAUUCAGCUCAGAAAUGAGCCAGGAAAUCAAGCAAAUUACAUAUACUCUUCAAGAA